AUGGUGGUUUUCAGAAAGGGUGAUCAUGUGUGGCUGGAUGCUCAACCAAACAGUGAGUUUAAUGUCCCUAUUGGGGCAGUUGUGAAGGACUCUGACUCAGGACGGAUCUUGCUGGAGGAUGACGAAGGCAAGGAACACUGGAUCACGGCUCGGAACAUGCACAUGGUGCACCUGAUGCACCCCUCCUCUGUCCAGGGCGUGGAAGACAUGAUCUGCCUCGGGGAUCUCCAUGAAGCAGGCAUCGUGCACAACCUCCUCAUCCGCCACCAGGAGCACAAAAUCUAUACUUACACAGGAUCAAUCUUGGUAGCAGUGAAUCCAUACCAGCUACUGCCCCUCUACACGGUCGAUCAGAUCAGACUGUACUGUAACAAGAGGAUUGGAGAGCUACCACCUCAUGUCUUCGCCAUUGCAGACAACUGUUAUUUCAAUAUGAAGAGGAAUAAGAGAGACCAGUGCUGUGUGAUCAGUGGAGAAUCUGGGGCUGGGAAGACUGAAAGCACAAAGCUAAUACUACAGUUUUUGGCAGCUGUCAGUGGCCAGCAUUCCUGGAUAGAGCAGCAAAUCCUAGAGGCCAACCCCAUUCUGGAAGCUUUUGGAAAUGCCAAGACAAUUCGAAAUGACAAUUCAAGCCGCUUCGGGAAAUAUAUUGAUAUCCACUUCAACCAAAAUGGUGUGAUAGAAGGAGCCCGGAUAGAACAGUUUCUUCUGGAGAAGUCCCGGGUUUGCCGGCAGGCUCCAGAGGAGAGGAACUAUCACAUCUUCUACUGCAUGCUAAUGGGGAUGAAUACAGAGCAGAAGAAGAUGCUGAAUCUGGGCACUGCUUCAGAGUACACUUAUCUCACUAUGGGCAACUGCAUGUCCUGUGAUGGCCGGAAUGAUGCAAAGGAUUAUGCCCACAUCCGCUCGGCCAUGAAGAUCCUCAUGUUCUCAGAUUCUGAGCACUGGGACAUCAGCAAGCUGCUGGCUGCAAUCCUGCACCUGGGGAAUGUAGAGUUUGAAGCGGCUGUGUACGACAACUUGGACUGCUCUGAUGUGAUGGACUCACCACACUUUUCAAUCGCAACCAAAUUGCUUGAGGUGGACUCCAGUGAACUCCAGCACAGCCUUACAAACCUCUCCAUCAUUGUCCGAGGAGAAAGUGUGUCCAGGCCUCUGAACAUAGUUCAAGCUGCAGAUGGGAGAGAUGCCUUUGUGAAGGGUAUAUAUGGACGGAUUUUCUUGUGGAUAGUGAACAAGAUCAACUCAGCCAUUUUCAACCCAACUUCUCAGAAGCCUAAAGACAGACAUCAGUCCAUUGGGCUGUUGGACAUUUUUGGGUUUGAAAACUUCAGCAACAACAGCUUUGAGCAGCUCUGCAUUAACAUUGCCAAUGAGCACCUUCAGCAGUUCUUUGUGCACCAUGUCUUCAAGCUGGAGCAAGAGGAAUACCUUGCAGAGCACAUUACCUGGAAUAACAUUGACUUCACUGAUAACCGCCAGGCUCUGGAAGUCAUCGCACUCAAGCCUAUGAAUAUCAUCUCCCUCAUUGAUGAAGAGAGCAAGUUCCCAAAGGGCACAGAUGCCACCAUGCUCAUCAAAAUCAAUUCCCUCCAUGGCAAAAGUAACAUCUACAUCCCACCUAAGAGUGUCCAUGACACCAAGUUUGGCAUCAACCACUUUGCUGGAGUUGUCUUUUAUGAAUCAAAAGAUUUCCUGGAGAAAAAUCGGGACACACUGAGUGCUAAUGUAAUGCAAGUGGUUCAUUCCUCCAAAAACAAAUUCCUGAGAGAGAUUUUCCAGGUGGAAACGACCCCACUUAGUCUGGGACGCGGGACCAUCCGGCAUCUUGGAGCUGACCAGGCCUACAAGUCUUUAUCCCAAUGUGGCUUUCUGCUGUCCAGGACAUCUGGCCAUGGACAGGGCUUGGAUACCACCAAACGGCUCUCUACUCUGGGAGGACAGUUCAAGCAAUCCCUGGAAAAACUAAUGAAAAUUCUUGAGCAAUGCCAGCCAUACUUCAUCCGCUGCAUCAAGCCAAAUGACUACAAGAAACCACUGUUGUUCGACCGGGAGCUGUGCAUCAAACAGCUGCGAUAUUCAGGGAUGAUGGAGACUAUACAGAUCAGGAAAGCUGGCUACCCAAUUCGCUACAGCUUUGAGGAGUUCUUUGAGAGAUACAGAGUUCUCCUGCCAUGGUCUCUUCGAGAACAGCUGAAGAAUGAUGCUCGACAGAGCUGUAUCAGCAUCUCUGAAGCAGUGCUGGGCAAGAAUGAAAGCUGGCAAGCUGGAAAGACCAAGAUUUUCCUUAAAGAUCACCAUGAUACAGUACUGGAGCUGCAACGCCAAAAUAUACUCACAGAUAAGGUUCUUCUUAUCCAGAAGGUGAUGAGAGGAUUGAAGGACAGGAAGCGGUUUCUGAAACAGAGAAAGUCUGCUGUAGCCAUUCAGUCAGCCUGGCGAGGCUACUGCUGCCGGAAGGAUUUCAGAAUGGUUAUGCUGGGUUUUGGGCGCCUGCAGGCCCUCUACCGGAGCCGGCAGCUUGCUAAACAGUAUGAAGCAACCCGGGCUCAUAUCAUCAGGCUUCAAGCCGUGUGCCGCGGUUAUCUAAUGCGUCAAAAGAUAGCAGAGCAGAAGAAAGCUGUAUGUGUUAUACAAGCUUAUGCAAGGGGCAUGUUUGCUCGCCAACUCUACCAGAGGAUGAAGAGGGAGAACAAUUGCAAGCUGGAAGCCAGGAAUAUCCGCUUGGAAGAAGAGAAACGUCUCAUUCAAGUCCUUGGACCAGUGAAAGCAAGGGAAGAAGCUAUGAGAUUAGAAAAGGAACACCUGGCUGCUCUGGAGAGAGAGGAGGCAGAAGCAAGACAAAGGAGGAAUGCUCUUGCCAAUAAACCAACAAAUCAUGAUGUUAUCAGCGACCAAGAAAUGGUGGACAAAAUUUUUGGGUUUUUACCUUCUAUGAUCGGAGGCCAGGAAGGACAGGCUCCUCUGGGUUUUGAGGACUUGGAAACAAAGCCUAACAAGCUGGUUGAGGUGGACCUGGACAUGGUUCCCAUGAGUGUGGAGCUAGAAGAGGAAGCAGAUGGCUUGGAAGAAUACACCUUCCCAAAGUUUGCAGCUACUUAUUUCCAGGGGUCAUCUACACAUACACAUAUCCGGAGACAGCUGCGGCACCCACUACUCUACCAUGAUGACAAGGACAACGUCUUGGCUUCUCUAGUCGUGUGGGUUAUCAUCCUGAGGUUCAUGGGGGACCUGCCAGAGCCAGCAAUGUUUGCCAGGCAUAGGAAUGCCACCAGCAAGAGCGGCUCCGUGAUGACACAGAUAUAUGACACAAUUGGCAGGAAAAACCAGGUCCAGUUCAGGAAUGACAGCCCAAAUAUGAGAGAAAGCAGAAAGGAUAACAAGAUUUCCAAGGGGAUCUCUUCCCUGAAGCUGAAACGGUCAUCCAAGUUGACAGGGAAGGUGACAGACCAGCUGAGAACUGGAGAAGAGGCUUUCCAAGAGGACAGCUCGAUCUCUGAGAGACCUAUGUCCAACCUAGAAAAAGUGCACUUCAUUAUUGGCAAUGCAAUUCUGCGCCCUGCCAUCAGAGAUGAGAUUUAUUGCCAGAUUUGCAAACAACUCACUGAAAACAGCAACAGGAGCAGCUACGCUCGAGGCUGGAUCCUUCUGUCACUUUGCCUUGGUUGCUUUCCUCCUUCAGACACAUUUGUGAAGUACCUGUUGAAUUUCAUCCACCAUGGGCCCACAGGCUAUGCACCAUAUUGUGCUGAACGUCUGAGACGUACCUAUGUCAAUGGAGCACGGACUGAACCUCCGAGCUGGCUGGAACUUCAGGCAACAAAGCAGAAGAAACCCAUUAUGUUUAAUGUCACCCUGAUGAACGGCCAAAGCAUCACUGUUCCUGCAGACUCUGCUUCCAUUGCCAAAGAGAUCUGUCAGUUCAUAGCAGAUAAAAUCAAACUGAAGGAUGUGUUUGGGUUUUCACUCUACAUUGCUGUGUUUGAUAAGGUCUGGUCGCUGGGUGGGGGACGAGAUCAUGUCCUGGAUGCCAUCUCUCAGUGUGAGCAGCUAGUGAAGGAGCAGGGCACACACGAACGCAAUGCGCCCUGGCGACUCUACUUCCGGAAGGAAAUCUUCACUCCGUGGCACAACUCCCAGGAGGAUCCUAUCAGCACUGAUCUCAUUUACCACCAAGUCAUUCGUGGCAUCCGGUUUGGAGAGUACCGUUGCGAGAAGGAGGAGGAUUUGGUGGAGAUAGGUGCAAAAUAUUGUUACAUCCAGUUUGGAGAUUCCAUUCACAAUGAACUUGUGCAGAAGGUGCUCCAUGACUGUAUCCCAGUGAAACAGCUGAAGUCCAAGCCCCUGGAAAAGUGGGUGAGCCUUAUAACCUACGCACAUGCUAAGGCCCCAUACACACAGGACCGUCUCUCCCGUCAGACUGUGAAGGAACAACUCGUAGAUUUUGCUCGCUUUCAGUGGCCUUUGCUUUUUUCCCGAUUCUUUGAAGUCACUAAGUUUUCAGGUCCCAGCUUGCCCAAGAACCACUUUAUCAUUGCUGUAAAUUGGAAAGGUAUCUGCUUCUUGGAUGAGUCAGAAAAGCGGCUCCUUGAGCUGACCUUCCCAGAGAUAACUGGCAUCCACACCAACAGGGCAGUGAAGUCAUUUGGACAGAGUUGCACUCUCAUCACACUUCGUGCAGAGGAGUUUGUCCUGACAUCUGUAAACAGUGUUGUCAUUGCUGAACUGGUGGUCAUGUUCCUGGAAGGACUGAAGAAGAGAUCACGAUUUGCUGUGGCAAUGCAUGAGAAAAAAUCCCAAGAAGACCCUGACAUCCUGUCCUUCAAGAAGGGAGACGUGCUAAUCUUCACCGAAGACAAAAGGCUGGAUGCAAACUCUGGCUGGAUCUGUGCCCAGAAUGAAAGGACAGGCAAAACAGGGAAUGUAUUUUUGGAAGAGAUCUACAUCAUUCCUUCUCUCACAAAACCCUCUAGUCAAGUGCUGAGUUUGCUGAUGAUGUCUCCAGACCAGAGGAGGACAGCUUCACAGAACUCCUACAUGGACGAACCUGAUGAAGAGGAUCUAAAAGUGAAGCCUUACACCCUGGAGGAGUUCUCCUAUGAACACUUCAGGAAUCCUGAGAAGGAAUCCAUCAGCAAAGCUGUUCUCCAGAAAUCCCGUGGGCGCAGUCAACUGUGGGCACACUCUAAGGAGCCCUUGAAACAGCCCUUACUGAAGACAGCAUGCACAGACCCUGAUAUUCGGGACUUGGCUUGUCAGGCCUUCAUUGCCAUCAUGAAAUUCAUGGGAGACUAUCCCUCAAAACAGGCACACUCCUCUGUGGAAGUCACUGACCAGAUAUUUGUAGCAGCUAUCCAGGAGGAAGUCCUGCGAGAUGAGAUUUACUGUCAGAUUAUGAAGCAACUGACUGAGAACAGAAACAGGUACAGCGAGACCAAGGGCUGGCAGCUCCUUUGGCUCUGCACUGGCCUAUUCCCACCCAGCAAGUCACUGCUGAAACACACCCAGAAGUUCAUAGAGACACGUCAGAAAGAGACACUGGCCCUGGAGUGCAGUCGGAGGAUUCAGACAGUGAUGAGGAGUGGCUCCAGGAAGUGGGCACCUCAUCCUGUGGAGGUUGAGGCCAUCUUACAGAACAACACUAAGAUCUCACACAAGAUUUGCUUCCCCAAUGAAACAGAACAGACAUUUGAUGUGGGAACAAACACCAAAAUCCGGACUCUGUGUCAGAACAUCGCUUCCAAAUUGCAGCUGAGCUCCUGGGAAGGUUUCAGCCUCUUUGUGAAGAUUGCAGACAAGGUGAUCAGUCAGAAUGAAGCAGACUACUUCUUUGAUUCACUAAGGCAGGUGACAGACUGGAACAGGCGGAACAAACCAGGGAAAGAUGGCGCUGGUAUGUCUGUGGCUUAUGAGGUGUACUUCAUGAGAAAGCUGUGGCUGAAUGUAACUCCCGGGAAGGACCUGAAAGCUGAUUCCAUUUUUCAUUACCAUCAGGAGCUGCCGAAGUACCUCAGAGGCUACCACAAGUGUUCCAAGGAUGAAGCUGUCCAGCUGGCAGGGCUGAUUUAUAAAGUGCGCUUCAACAAUGACCGCACGCAGCUGGCAACCAUCCCCAAAAUCUUGAAGGAGCUGGUGCCAGACAAUCUGCUCCGAGCAAUCUCACCGGAUGAGUGGAAGAAGAGCAUUACUGCUGCAUAUAGCAAACAUGAAGCAAAAACUGUGGAUGAGGCCAAGAUUGCCUUCUUGAAAAUGAUAUACCGGUGGCCAACGUUUGGAUCAGCCUUCUUUGAGGUGAAGCAAACCUCGGAGCCAAAUUUCCCAGAGAUCGUGCUGAUUGCAAUCAACAAGCAAGGAGUCUCACUGAUACAUCAGAAGACAAAGGAUAUUUUAACAGUCUAUCCCUUCAAUAAAAUCUCCAAUUGGAGCAGUGGGAGCACAUACUUUCACAUGACAAUAGGGAACCUGGUACGAGGAAGUCGGAUCUUAUGUGAGACAUCUCUGGGUUACAAAAUGGAUGACCUGUUAACAUCCUAUGUACACCUGCUAAUGAAUGUUGUAAACAAGCAAAAGAACCUCCCAGCCUGA